AUGUAUUCGUCUGGUCUCCGCGAACAUGAACGAACGAUAUUGUCCUCCGCAGUUAUAUGUGGGCAUAUGAGCAUUGUCCAGUAUUAUCUGGAGGGAGGAGCCGAUUUCUGCGCCGCUGAUGACAAAGGAAACACGCCAUUGCACUUUGCCGCUGCUUUCGGUCACUCCAACGUGGCGUCGUUACUCAUUGAUGUUGGAGCUGAUAUCAAUGCACGUCAACACGAUGGACUAAGUCCACUGGAUUAUGCCAUUAUAUCGGGGUAUGAUCGCGUUGUGGAGGUUCUUUUGAAUAAAGGAGCCACCACUACGGAUGUUAGGAUCGGCGAGGCUCGAAGAACGACUCUACAUGCCGCUGCUCUUAAGGGAUAUAGCCAGAUUGCAAAGAUGUUAGUAAACCAUGGAGCUCCUAUUGAUGUCAAGGAUGGUUAUGGUCAUACGCCUCUUCAUUUGGCUGUUUCAGAAGGGCAUCUUGAGAUAGCUCGGGUGCUGCUUCGUGCUGGAGCAACAGUCAUCAUUCAAGAUAAGAUAGGCGACUCACCACUGCAUCACGCCGCCGGCAACGGAUAUACUGCUAUCGUACAGGAGCUUCUGAAUAAGGGAGCAGACCCUUCUAUGCAAGGUCACGAAAAUGCUACGCCAUUGCACCAGGCAUCAUUACUGGGUUUCGUUGACGUUGUCCAGCUUCUCCUAGAAUCUGGGGCGAAUAUGUCUCCUCAGCGUUUAGAUGGGGAAACCCCUCUUCUUCAAGCCAGUGGCGCCGGUCAAGUCGAAACCGUGCGGCUGCUACUAGCUGCCGGAAGCUGUCCUUCAAUUCCAGAUCAGGAUGGGGACACGCCACUACACUUCGCCGUCCUUUCAGAGAAAGCAAUAAUUACCGAUAUGCUAAUAGAAGCUGGAGCACAUGUCGAUAGCAUAAAUGAUAAGAAACACACUCCCUUACACUGGGCAGCAAAGGAACAUGAAGAUAUGGUUCAUACCUUGUUGAAUCAUAAGGCCGACAUGCAUGCUCUCAGCCAUACAGGAUGUACUCCACUACAUUGGGCAGCUAAAGAGGGCCAUGUUGGUAUAACGACAGCUUUAUUGGAAGCCGGGGCCCUCGACCAGAUUCAAAAUCAAGACGGGGAAUUAGCGCUGCACUUGGCUGCUCAAAAAGGCCAUAGAGAUGUCGUUCAAUUGCUUAUCCAAUGGGGCAGCAAUCCACAUCUUACCGACAAUAAACUUCGCACAGCUCUGCAUUAUACAGCUGGGGAAGGACAUGAGGAUACGGUAAAAAUACUGCUGAGCAAUAAAGUCAGAUCAGAUGUCAGAGAUAUCGAUGGUCGGACUCCUUUAUACUAUGCAGUAUUCCAUGGGAAUGUGACGAUCGCAAAUAUGCUUCUUGACCUCGGUACCACCCUUGAUGAUACCGUCAAGGAAGCCUUUCUAGAGGCCGCGGAAGCUGGGCAUGAAUCGGUGGUUCAACUUCUCAUCGAACAUGGCAUUGACCUGUCUUUUAAAGAUUCAGACGGAUAUACAGCAUUGCAUCGAGCUGUUCUGGGGAGCCAAAUUAAAGUCCUUGAAAUUCUUCUCAGUACAGAUGUUGAUAGGUCUGCCCGAGACAACCAGGGGAAAACGGCAUUGCAUCUUGCUGCCCGGGAGGGCGACGAUGCAAUUACCAAGGUUCUUUCGGGAAUAAGUGAGAUAAGGAAUCUUCAGGAUUAUGAAGGCUGGACGGCUCUACAUUGGGCAGUUGAGAACGAACAUGACAACACCGUCCAGACUCUAUUAGACGCUGGUGUUGAUCCCGAUAUUAAUUCCCUCAACGCAUGCACGCCCUUGACUUAG